AUGGCGAGCACUACAGACUCGAACAAGGUCGUCGACCUCCUAAAGUCUCUCAUAAAUAUCGAGAGCACGAGUGAGAAGGAGCUCGACAUCGGCAUCUACCUGGAGAAACACAUGAAGAGCCUCGGCUACACCGUCGAGCGCAUCCCCAUCUCAGAGGGCUCCACACGACACAACGUGUACGCGUACCUCGGACAGCAACGGAAGACUAGGCUGCUGCUCACUGCCCACAUGGACACGGUGCCGCCGCAUAUCCCGUUCAGCAUAGAGGGAGACGUCAUUCGCGGAAGGGGAGCUUGCGAUGACCUGGGUCCCAUGGUCGGACAGAUCUUCGCUGUCGAAGAGUUGCGCGCCGAGGGCAAGCUCAAGGAAGGGGAUGUCAGUUUCCUCUUUGUCGUGGGUGAGGAGAAGGGCGGCCCGGGCAUGCUCGCGGCCAACGACAUGGGGCUUACCUGGGACGCUGGCAUCUUUGCCGAGCCUACCGAGGGGAAGUUGGGAAAGGGGCACAAGGGUAACCUCGUUUUCGAAGUCAUAGCACACGGCAAAGCAUGUCAUUCCGGAUAUCCUCACCUGGGGAAGAGCGCCACGCUACUGUUGAUCAACGCCCUGACGGACCUCUCAGCAGUGGGAUGGCCCGCAUCCGACCUUCUGGGCCCCUCAACCCUGAACAUCGGCAAGCUCGAGGGCGGCGAGGGCUACAACAUCGUGGCGCCCUAUGCCAAGGCCCUCUGCAGCAUCCGCAUCGCGACGGAGCUCCCUAAGAUCAAGAAGACGGUGUCCGAUGUCCUGGCCAAGCACACAGACAUCGAGGUCAACUUUAUGUUUGAGUAUCCCGAAACGCUCCUGAGCUGGGAUUUUGACGGUUUCGAGGCUGCUCCCAUGGCAUAUGGAACGGAUGUUCCGAGGUUGCGUGGUGAUCAUAACAAGGUGCUGUAUGGGCCUGGGAGUAUCCUCGUGGCCCAUGGCAAGGAUGAGCAGAUCCGGGUUGGCGAGCUUAUGGAGAGUAUUGCGGGCUACAAGAAACUCACGCUGGAGCUGCUGAAGUAG